GUGUUGUGUUUAAAGAAGUAAACAAAAUACAAAAAUAUAUCUUAAAAUAAUUAAAUAUGGGUGAAGAUGAUAGUUUUAUGGAUAAAAAGAAGCCUCACAAGUCGAAACAUUCAGGUGUGAAAGCUGAAAAGAAGAAAGGAAAGAAACAACUUCCAACAGAUAGACAAAAAAAUCCUAAAGGUUUUGCAAUCACAUCAGCUCGAAGUGCAGAAUUGAGAUUUCGAAGGAAGCAAGACUUGCAAACUAAGAAGCAUCACAUACCGUUAGUUGAUGCAACACCUGAAGAACCUCCACCGAUAGUAAUUGCUGUUGUUGGACCUCCAAAAGUUGGAAAAUCUACUCUUAUUAAUAAUUUAAUUAAGAACUUCACAAGAACUAAUGUCACAAACAUUAAUGGACCAAUUUCGAUUGUUGUGUCAAAAAAACGUCGUUUAACAAUCAUCGAAUGCAACAACGACAUUAAUGCAAUGAUUGACAUAGCAAAAUGUGCCGAUCUCGUCUUACUGAUGUGUGAUGCAAGUUUUGGCUUUGAAAUGGAAAUCUUUGAGUUUCUCAACAUCUGUCAAGUUCAUGGAAUGCCGAAAAUUAUGGGAGUACUUACACAUCUCGAUGCUAUCAAAAACACGAAAGCUUUGCAGAAAAAGAAGAAACUUCUCAAGCAUCGGUUCUGGACAGAAGUUUAUCAAGGUGCAAAAUUAUUUUAUCUCUCAGGAAUUCAACAUGGUGAAUAUUUAAGAAAUGAAAUUAAAAACCUUGGACGUUUCAUUCAUGUUAUGAAGUUCCGACCAUUAACAUGGCGUGGCCAACAUAGCUACAUUUUAGCUGAUCGUGUUGAAGACAUCACGAAUCAAGAAGAAAUUCGUUUAAAUCCGAAAUGUGAUCGAAAUGUCGUUCUUUAUGGAUAUGUUCGUGGAAUUCCACUUAAGAAGAAUUCAACUGUUCACAUUGCUGGUUAUGGUGAUAUCAAAAUUGAUGAGUUGGAAGCAUUGUCUGAUCCAUGUCCAAUGCCAUCAAGAGAAAAGAAAAGAAAUUUGCUAGAGAAGGAACGAUUGUUAUAUGCACCGAUGUCAGGUGUUGGCGGAAUUGUUUAUGAUAAAGACGCGGUUUAUAUUGAACUUCAAGGAUCGCAUAGCCAUCAUGGACGAGAGAAUGAACAAUCAAAGCUUGUCAAAGAAAUUAUUAACAAGAAGGAAACUUUCGAUGAACAAAUUCAAAAUCAAGAAUUUCGAUUAUUCUCAGAUGGCGACGUCAUCAAGUCGAUGGAUUUCCAAGAUGAUGAUGACGAUGAUGAAGAAGUUGAGAGUGAAAAUGAAGGAAGUGAUGAUUCCGGAAUGGAUUCAGAACCAGAAAUGCCAGAAAUGAAUGAUGGAAGUGGUUGGAAACCAGAUGAAGAUGAUGAAGAACUUCAAGACGAAGACAAUUCAUCAGAUGAAGAAUAUCAAAACUUAGAAAACGACCCUGAUGAUUUAAUUCACAUGUCAUGGAAAGAAGGUGUCGCCGAUCGUGCACGAGAUGCUUAUUUAGAUCGACAAUCAAACAAUCAAAAUCUCAUGAAGUUAGUUUAUGGUAAAGCUAAAACUGAUCAAGAAACAACAAAUGAAGACGAUGAUGAAAUCGGCGGACUUUUUAAAAAUGUCACUAAACACCAAACACAAUUACAUCAUGAGAAACAACAAAGAGAUGCAAUCGAAUGCCCGUUCUUCGAGAAUUAUGGCGAAGGCGUGAGAAAUUGGACUUCAGAAGAAAACAAGAAAAUGCUCGUCAAUUGCUUUGUCACUGGAAAAUGGAAAUCAUCUGAAGAUGCUGAAAAACUUCUUGCGCUUGAUGACAUGAGUGAUGGUGACAGUGAAGUUUAUGGUGACUUUGAAGAUCUUGAAACUGGUGAGAAGUUUACAGGAAAGGAACAAGAAGAUGAUGAAGACGUCGAAGAAGCUCCAAAAAUUGAUGAAUCAAAAAAGAAACGAAAGUAUGAGAAAGAUGAAGAAGCUAACUUGACACGUGCUGAACUAAUGGCGAAGAAAUUGAAGCUUAAGGAAAAGUUUGAUGCUGAAUAUGACAAUCCUGAACUCAAAGACAGUCACAGAAUCGAUGGCGAAGAAUCCUUUUACGAAGCAUUAAAAGCAGAAGCUGACAAACAAGCGGAACUCAAUCGAAAAGAGUUUGCUGAACUUGAUGAGAAUGUUAGACUUGAAAUUGAAGGUUUUCGAGCUGGUCUUUAUGUUCGUAUGAGUUUCAAAGAUCUUCCUUGUGAGUUUAUUGAAAACUUCGAUCCAACUUAUCCAAUUUUAAUCGGAGCAUUGAACAUGGCUGAAGAAAAUAUUGGAUUAAUUAGUUGCAAAGUAAAGAAACAUCGUUGGUAUCGUAAAGUGUUGAAGACAAAUGAUCCACUAAUCAUUUCGUUAGGAUGGCGACGGUUUCAAACUGUCCCAAUGUUUGCAAAAAUUGAAGAUGAUUUAAAGCAUCGUUUCUUGAAGUACACGCCGAAUCAUGUGACUUGCAACAUGAGCUUUUAUGGUCCAAUUACACCGCAAAAUACCGGAUUCCUUGCUAUUCAAACAGUCAGCAGUGACAUUAAAGAAAUGAAACGAAUUGGAUUUCGAAUUGCUGCAACUGGCGCUGUCAAUGAAGUUGAUAAAACAUCGCAAAUUAUGAAGAAGCUGAAAUUGGUUGGAACGCCACAUAAAAUAUUCAAAAAAACGGCAUUCAUAUCAGGAAUGUUCAAUUCAGCAUUGGAGGUUGCCAAGUUUGAAGGAGCAAAAAUUAAAACAGUUUCGGGAAUACGCGGACAAAUUAAGAAAGCAGAACGUGAACCGCCAGGAUCAUUUCGUGCAACGUUUGAAGAUAAAAUUCAAAUCAGUGAUAUUGUUUUUUGUCGAACUUGGUUCAAAGUUGAUGUUCCACAAUUUUAUGUGCCGAUUACGAAUUUAUUGCUACCAAUCGAUGCUAAAUCACAAUGGCAAGGAAUGAAAACGCAUGGACAAUUGAAACGAGAGAAAAAUAUCAAAGCCGAGGUUAAUGAAGAUCAUUUAUACAAGCCAAUUGAAAGACAAGCACCAAGCUUUAGGCCAUUGAUCAUUCCAGCAUCACUUCAACGCUCUUUGCCUUACAAAGAUAAACCGAAGAACGCUUCGAAAGAUCCUAAACAGAAGUUUGAAGCCACACGUGUUGCUGUUAUUCAUUCACCUCACGAACAGAAAAUCACUAAAAUGAUGAAAAUGUUGAAAGCAAAUCAUCAAGCAAAGGAAGAGAAACGAAAAGCAAGUUUAAAUGCAAAGUUUGGCGAGAAGCUUAAGUUGAAAGAAAAAGAAGAUUUGAGAAAUUUGCAACGACAGAAGGAACUUAAAAAGAAAGUUUUUCGUGCGUUAUCAAAAAUUCAAUCGAAGGAAGAAAAAGGAGAGAAAAGUGGAGGAAAGAAAAAAUUUCAAAAGAAGAAUCGCGGGAAGAAAAUUGGAGAUGAAUAA